AUGGAAGUUUGCCAUCUUUGGCUGCUGUUGGGUAGCCUUGUGGUUCGUUGUCCUUCUGUCGGUGGCUCAGAAGGUGAAGUGAAAGAUGAUGCCAUGUUGACAGCCACCACCAAGUACUUGCGGCAAGCAUCGACGCCAAAGGAACGAGGCUUGGCAUUGCCACAUUGGUUUUGUUCCUUCUUUGAUGAGACUGCCCCUGAUCACCCUUGUGACAACCAUACAAAUGGCUUCAAUGUGACCUGUCCACUGGUGCAACCAUUGAGUAAUCAAUCAACUGAUUUUGAUAUGCAACGGUUCAUUGAGCGCUCUUGGUUUGUGCAAAAGCAACAAGUGAAUGGCUUUCAGCCUUCUGUGGAAGAUGAUUUCUUUUGCCUGGUCCAUACCUGGCUGAAUCGCACAGAAGAUGAAUUCUUUGAUUAUCUUCAUUUUGGAACCGUUGGCAGCAUUGACGGACCACAACAGGAGUGGGAUGUUGGUUUUGAUGCUUUACCACCAGCCUUAUCAAGUUGGUGUUCUGGACAAGACGAACAUGGUGGAGGGUAUCUGCGGAUUUCUCCCUGCCUAUUGCGGCCCCUGUUGGGGAAAGUGGGUAUCCCACUCUGGGUUUUAGCAGUUGCUGCGGAUGACUCCUGGGCCAUUAUCAGCGGAGGUGAACCCGAGACUGUUCGACAAAUUGACCCACCAUUGUGUACCACUAGAAUCAAUGUUUCAGCAGAAGCCAUAGCAGACACCAGUGGAACAGGGCUUUGGCUCUUGACAAGGGCAAGAAUUGCCAGCAAUGAUACUCUUGCAGAAAUGGAACAACUCUUGCUGGAUAUGGGUAUCUUUACAGGGGAUCUCUUCCCUGUUGUACAGGAGGGAUGCAGUUAUGAAGGCACAACAUUGAUAGAAUGA